GGCACGCUCUAGGGCACUCACACAAUGCGGCAAGGAGGAGCGAUCGCCAGCGGCGAAGUCGUGGCAGAGCUGGAGCUCGUCUUCCUCAGGCUGUCCGCGAUCGAUCUGUGCCAGGCCAGGUGCGUGUGCCGCGAAUGGCGACGAGCAAUUGACGAUCCCAUCUUCCGCAAAGGCUACGCUCUCUCCCACCGCUGCAUCCCUCACCUCUUCUUUCGUCUUUCUGGAUCCCUCCUCGUCAAGCCGCUCGACAACUCCCCUCGCAGCGAGUGGCGCCACUUCCAGAAGCUCCCCAAGGGCAUGACCAUCGCCAGCAGCGACGCGGGCUUGCUGUGCCUUGUGAAAUGGUGGGCGCCAUCCUCCAUCUUCGUGUGGCGCUACAGCGAUCUCAACUCCUCCCCGGUGAGAGUUCCUUUGCCGCCAGAGACCGGCCCUGACAUGCGCUUGACGGUGUACCGCCGCGAGAGGGAUCGAUCGACGCGAGAGUUUUGCGUCGCUAGCUUCGGGUCAUCGCUUGGCUUCUACAUCUACGACUCGGUCUCGGGCGAGUGGUCCUUGCGCGAGAACAAACACUACCCAGACACACGGGACAUGGACAACGGGGAUGGUUUCUAUCCGAUACUGGAUCACGGGGAGGUGGUGAUGCUUUGCACGGAUGCCUUCGUGAGAUACAACUUGUGGGAUGAUUCUUGGCGCAUUCUCAAGCUUGAUUCCGACGAGUUGCAGUUCGAAUGGAGGUGGUUCUUUCUUCAGCUGGUUGUCGUAGAGAGGCGGGGAGAGAAGUGUUUUGAGCCGUGAUGAGGAGUUUGAUGUGAUGUGCAGUGUAUGCACUGAUGGGAGCAACAGUAUAUGGCUGCUUGACAGGGAUAACUCACGGAUUGUGCACUUUGGAGUCGAUUCCAAGAGCUGGUCAGUGGAAGAGGCGCCCAAGGCUGUGCCAGGAUUCGUGAACUUUGCUUGGUUCUCUUGUUAGUGCGUUCUUUCUCGAAGAAGAUCCAAGGGCACUGCUGUGAGCUAAUGCUCUGAUGAUCGGCAUCGUUGAUAGAAUGGUGGUGAAGGAACAACAAGGUGGUAAAUCGCUACUUUGCGAACAGCAAGAUUGAGCAUGUUUGUGACACGGAAGAAAAGUGUGCAAAAAGCUCUUGGAGGUAUAACGAUACUGGCUAUUGCCAUAGCACUGCGCAUUGAUGGAAGCAGCACUUGGAGCUGGAACCACGGGUUGAUUACUACAUUCUGGCACGAGGCACUAAAGUUGCUGCCACAGUUGAGGGUGCCUCCAUUGUUGCUGAAGCAAUCGUUAAGAUUGAUGCUGCUCCUUUGGAGCUGGCCAUUGGGCUUGUAACAAUUGGCAGUCAAUGUUGUGCCGCUUAUAACCUC